AAAAAAAGAAGAAAAAAAAAAAAGAAAACAUUAUUACUAGCAAGAGUGUUUUAUUUUGUUCCAUCGUUAAUUCCCAAGGUUCUUAUUUUGUUUCUUUUUUUAUGUUCAACCCUUUUCGGCUGUGAGUAGCAGGAGCUUCCAUUCUCCAAACUAUAGUCGAACCCCCUUCCUUAUCUAGUUAGGACCUGACAACCUGGUAUUCCUCAAGCACCUGAAACUGGCAGCUAUUCUCUUUGUGUCUGUGUGUUUGGGGAGCUCUGUGACCACAGCUUAAGCACCACUCAGCCUUCUAGUCACCUAAGCCUAACUAAAGCCAGCCAGCCCUAGCCUGGUCCAGCCCAGCCUGCUCCGAUCAUCUGGACAGGAUACUCAGUUCUGUGUGGACGUGAGGAAUAUGACUGCUGAGACUCUUAACUUCGGCCCAGAAUGGCUCCGUGCACUGUCCAGUGGGGGGAGUGUGACUUCCCCCCCUCCUUCCCCCGCCAUGCCAAAGUACAAGCUGGCCGAGUACCGCUACGGCCGAGAGGAGAUGUUAGCACUUUAUAUCAAAGACAACAAGGUCCCAGAGGACAUGCAGGAUAAGGAGUUUGCUGCUAUUCUGCAAGAUGAGCCCAUGCAGCCCCUGGCACUGGUGCCUCUCACUGAGGAGGAACAGAGGAACUUCUCCAUGUCUGUGAACAGUGUGGCCGUGCUGAGGCUCAUGGGAAAAGGGGUGGGCGGGGCCGCCCCCGCUGGAGUGGUCCGAGGACGAGGGGCCACACGAGGCGGUCGAGGACGAGGUCGUGGUGAAGGUGGAUUCUACCAAAGAAGUAUUGAAGAUGUGGAGGUGGGUUUUGGACGCAGCGUCCGAGAGAUACACCGCAGCCAGAGCUGGGAUGACCGGGGUGAGCGACGAUUUGAGAAGCCGCUGCGGCGGGAGGUUGGCCGUCCCGGCUUUGAAGAGGCCGUAGGGCCCGUGGUGCCGGGUAGGAAGGAGUACACAAGGGCUGACAGCGAUAACUGGCGCAUCCUGCGGGAGGAGCAGCAGCAGCAGCAGCAGCAGCAGGAGGAGGAGGAGGCGGAGCCGGGCACCAACUGGAGACUUACUGGACUCCGCAGGGAUGAUGGUGGUCCUCGCUCAGCAGGCUGGCGGGACCAUACCGGUCCAGGUGAGAGUCGUCGGAGGAAGUUUGAUUUCGAUUUCCGGGACUCUGAGGGCCAUGGUGGUGGCCGGCGGCGUGCAGGCAGUGAGGGACUAGAGGAUGACAGGGACGGCCUGCCCGAGUGGUGUACAGACGAGGAGGACGGGGAGAUGGGCACGUUUGACUCCUCUGGAGCUUUCAUGCCUUUGAAGAAGGGCGGAAAGGAUAUAAUCCUGGAGGAAGAGUUUGAGUUUAAGGGCAUAGAGGAGGAGGAUGAGGAGGAGAGCUAUGCUGACAUGGAGAGGAACGGUGCUGAAGGAGAUAAAGACAAGGAUAAUAAAGAAGCUGGCCAGGCUGUAUCGGAUGGCGAGACAAAGCGAGCAUCUCCCUCCUCCUCUCCUCCCGCUCUCCUACACUGUGCCCCUCCAUCCCUGGAGCCUCGGCCCAGCAACUCUUGCCCAGUGGUGGAUAACCCUCAGCUGAAUCACAGCCACCUCGUCAAGGCCAGCAGCACACCCAGUGAAGACAUGGCUCCUGUAGGGGGCUCCAAGGUCCAGCUAAGCCCCGGCGCCCCCACCUCCUCCAUUCUGCCUCCCCCACCCCCUUCCUCUGCUGCUCCUCUCCACCCUCCACCUGGAGGAGACGCAGAGGACGAUGAGGGCAUGAAGCACUUGCAGCAGGAGGCGGAGAAGAUGGUGGCAUCCCUGCAGGACACUUCUUUGGAAGAGGAGUGUUUCACCCAAGCUCUGCAGCAGCAAGAGAGCAGGAACACAGCAGCCGCUCUGCCGCUGUCACAUGAGGCCGCCAUGAAGUGGUUCUACAAGGACCCACAGGGAGAGAUCCAGGGUCCGUUCACCACCGUGGAGAUGUGUGAGUGGUUCCAGGCUGGUUACUUCACCAUGACCCUGCUGGUGAAGCGGGGCUGCGAUGAGGGCUUCCAGCCCCUGGGCGACGUCAUCAAGAUGUGGGGCCGCGUGCCCUUCGCCCCAGGGCCCUCCCCGCCGCCCCUGCUGGUGAGACAGCCACCACCAACGCAGCGCCCGCAGCCUACCCGGGGGCCCGCCGGGACUGUGAGUCAGAGCUCAGCCAACGCUGAGGAUGGGGAGGGGAGGAUGCAGAGGAGAGGAAAGAUUGAUAGACAGGUUACGGGAAACCUAGACCAGGACCGCCUGAAAAAGCAACAGGAGCUGGCAGCAGCAGCUCUUUAUCAGCAGCUCCAACAGCAGCAGCUAUUCCAGCUCAUUAACAGGUGCAGUGAGCAGGGUAUGAUGCCUUCGAUGAACAGGUCGAUGUCAGUGCCAGAUACAGGGUCCAUGUGGGACAUGCAUACCUCAGCUUCACAGCCGUCAGGCGGUGAAGCCAGUCUUUGGGACAUAACAAUGAAUCCCUCUACUCAGGGUCCAACUCUCGAACAGCUUCAAAAGGUGUGUUCAGCUCUCCAGCAGGAGAGGCGAGACGCUGAUCUCAGGGCGAAGCGUGAAGAGGAGGAGCAGCGUAAGAGGAGGGAGGAAAAGAGGAGGCAACAGGAGGAGCAGAAGAGGAGGGAGGAGGAGGAGCUCUUCAGACGCAAGCAGUGUCGUCAGCAGCAGGAACUGAUCAUGAAGUUGCUCCAGCAGACCCCCCAGCAGCAGGGUCCUGGGGCAAGUGGCUCAGGCUGGAGCGGGUCUCCCUCCUCUGGGCUAUCCAAGGCCGGGAAGCCACAAGCUCUGGCUCUGCUGGAAAUGCAGCAGGAGGCAGAGAGGCUCCUGAAGCAGCAGCAGCAACAGAGAGCGCAGCAGCAGAGAGACCGCCACUCUGGCUUGUCAAUGGGGAGCUCCUCCAUGGGAGGGCAGUGGGCUGAUGGAGUUGGCAUGUGGGGCAGCCCAGGAAGUAUGGAGGGUAAGGGUGGCAGUGUGAGCUCUUCGGGCAGCAUGGGCAUGUGGGACGAGGCUGUGAAGAACCAGGCCGGCCUCCGUGGCAACAGCAACAACAACAUGGGCUUGAAGAACAGCCGCAGCAGCCCUUCUCUCAGUGAUCAGUACAUGAUGCGUCGUAAGCGGACGGAGGAGGAGGAGAAGCUGCUGAAGCUGCUGCAGGGCAUGAAGCCUCAAGAUGGCUUCACUACCUGGUGUGAACAGAUGUUGCACGCUCUCAACACCUCUGCCAACAACUCCUCCUCCUCUCUAGAUGUGGCCACAAUUGUGGCAUACCUGAAGGAGGUGGAGUCUCCCUAUGCAGUACUGGACUUCAUCCGGUCCUACCUAGGGGACACAGUGGAAGCCAAAGAGUUCGCCAAACAGUUUUUGGAGCGACGUGCCAAACAGAAAGCCAACCAACAGAGACAGCAGCAGCAGUUAUCAAAGGAAGUGGCUGGAUUGAACAUGAACUUCCCUCUGCAGGACUCAAUGCGAGGUAUGAAUCCAAGCACCCUGCAGUCCAUGUUUCAAGCCAACCACAUGAGCAAGGCUGGUCUCUAUGACAACCAGGGGGGAAAGAUGAAGAAGAAACCGCCCAUGAUGCUGCACUCUGAUCCCAGCAUCUUAGGGUACUCAUUCCACAACACGGGCGAUUGUCUGAGCCUGAAUGAGAUGGAGAUGGUGGAGGAUUACUGAUGUGACGCAGCGCAGCAGCAAUAGCUACCUGAGGCCUUCUGUCUUUUAAUCAGACAAACCUGAUGACGAAUGUGCACUGCUGGGGGAACCUGGGGGAGGGGGUGGGGAUAGGAAGGGAGCGAGCGUGUGAGGGGAGGUACAGGGAGGAGGCGCCUGGAUCUGCGCCUCCCACUCUUCCUUCCCUCUGGAAAAAAAAAAAAAGGGCUCCCUGCUGCACCAGUUGAUCACUUGAGCAGGGGAGAGGGGGGGGGAUGUUAAAAAGGAAGAUGGGUAUCCUCUGGCACUCAAAAGAUUAAGCACCUUAUACUGAACUAAUGCACUUUAUUGAGAUGGGAUUUGAAUAGUUUUUUUUUUUCAUGUGUGUGAAUGUGAGUGUGUUGGGAAUCAGUGCGCAUACAGUAUGUGUACAUACACAUUAUCUGUGUGCCUGUGUGUCAGAACUGGAAGGGGGCGGUGAAGCAGUCGGUGGGGCGAAUGGUCGGGCUGUUAGGUUUUCAAAGUCAGGGGGACCUUUAGUUGAAACCUUAUCAGAGAGCAAAUCCUUUCUCGAAAGACAAACACUGUUGAUAUUUCUCUUGUUUAGCAUUUUUUUACGUUUAUAUAAAAAGUAAAGCUAUUGAAAAAUGGAUUAUAAAAAAACUUGAAGAUUUGCACUUGCCUAAAAAAAGAAAUAACAAAAACAACAAAAAAAAUCAAACAAAUGGGGUUAGUUCUAGAAGUGAAUAUUUUUGUGAAUGUGUUUGUAUGACUGAGAGUGACUGAUGUGUGAUGGUUGGUUUGUGUCAGUAAUAUACCAGUCUGCACAAUGUUGUUUUUUUUUCUUCAUUCUUUUGUUGCUUACCAAGAUGUAUGAAACAUAAGAGGCCAUUUUUGUCUUUUUUUUUUGUUCAAAUGGUAAUUUUGUAUUCUCAUGUUAAGAGAGUGUGUUUAUGUCCCUUCUCCAAACAGGGACUUGAUCUGUAUGUCAUGAGAGAGUGACGAGAGAGACAUUUUGAAUGAAUGAAUGAGACACAGAGAGAGAGAGAGAGAGGGCAAUUGCACAACACAUCCUUUCUCUCACCAGCUCUUCAUCCCCAAAUAGACGAAAUAGAAAUGCAUACAUUUGUAAAUGUUAGCUUUGCGCUCAUCACAUGAUGACCACCACUUGUUUAUUUCCCCUUAGCCUCUCCCCAUUGGGAGCUGUCUCUAGACCUAUGAGGACUAGCAGGCAGGGCGAAUCAUGAGGGACAUUACUGUGUGUGCAUCAGAUUGAGAAUUUGUAUGUGUGUGCGUGUGUGCAUGUUCAUUUUCUGUUCAUAGAAAUGAGUUAAGACUACAGGUACUCAUUUUUGAAUACAUGUGCUGUUUUUGUAUGCGUAUGAAUGCACAUUUGUGCCUAAGAACUUGGAUAGGGUGCGUGGCCAUUGAGACAUUAACUCUUUUUUGAGAGCGAGUGUGAUGUGCGUCAGUGCUCAGCACAGUGUAUGUAAAGUAUGUCAGUUUAUAUAUCGUAAAUAUUUCUAGUUCAGUCUAGGGGUGAUCCAUCGGAAGGUUAGUCCAGUCUGUUGUCCUGGGGUGUGAUCACGUUGCCUUUUGUCAGCUCUCGAACUUGUGAAUGAAAGGUGUCGAGUUGCUGACUCUGAAAAAAAAAAAAAAACAGCAUCUUAAUGUGCAAGUGCACAGAACGGUGCAUGAAAUGUUAGCAUAUUGUGUUACUUAUUCGUUGUUGCAAUUUGAUAAUGACGAGUUUUCUUUUUUUAUGAAAAAUAUAUAUGAAUAUAUACAUUAUAUACAAAGUUUAAAAAGUAUUUGGACUAAGAUAAUGAGCACUUGGGGCUGCUAUUUUUUGUUGUGUGUUUUAAUUUUUUUUUUUCCUUAAUUUCUUUUUCUUUUUCAUUAUCGCCAUGUGAAGUGUGUGUAUUAUUUCUUAAGAAAAUAUUGAAUGUAUUCCAAAAAAAUGACAAGAAACCCGUGCUGAUACCAGAUUUUUUUUCCUCAGAAGAUUUCAAAACGGAAACAAAAUACAAAAAAGCUUCAAAGAAUUUAGCGAGAACUUUUUUUUUUUUUGUGGAGAAGAAGAAGAAAAAAAACUCGGGAUGGAUACAGUUGAACACACUGCCUCUACAAUCCUGGUCGUACAAAUAGUGACUAAGAAUUAAAAGAAAGGACUCUUUCUAUUCCAUACUGGAGCUUUGGUUGUUUACAAACCACAUGGAUUUCUGUGGGUGCAGUUUUUGUUUUUUAUUUUCGUUUUUUUCCCACAUAAGAUGGGUGGGGUUUGCAAGUGCGCUUCUGCCAUAUGGACAUUGAGUGGUGUUUUUUUUGUUUUUUGGGGAAGAGUGGCAGGUAUCACAAGAACAUGGACAUGAUCCUCUAACUGGACCUUGUGUUUGGUUGUGGAUCCUGAGGCUUGAUGAUCAACCAUGGAGCGAAGGCGGGAAAAUCAAGGAUGGGCUCUGUUUUUGAGGAGAGUGCAGGGCUGCAUAACCCUAGAGGGAACUGAGAUGGUGAUAUGAGUACACCUUGUUAGUGUGCUUGUCUUCACCUCAACCCUCAUAAGCACUCACCCUGCCCACUCACCAACUCACCUAUGCACUUUUGUUCAUUCAAGCUGUGAGGUACCAUUUUGGGGAUGGGAGCACAAAUUACAACAGGAGGAUUGCUACGACUUUGACAAAGUCACAGAAAAGAUAUUCCCAAAACUGAAAUAAGAGACUCGAGAAGCACGUCUUCUCCCACCUCCUGUGUAUAUAACCAUAUUUUUGUAUUAUCUUUCAGAGCAGAAAGAAAAUUUGCAAAUGGAUGAAGGAAAAUUCAUGAGAUGUUGAUUAUACGGAGUGAAUGUUCUUCAAGAAAACCAAUCUUUUUGAAUAUAGUUUGAGAUAGACUCGCUGUGAGUUUCCCUUAGUUUGCCAGUAACCCUGAAAUUAUUGGGGAUGGAAGGGAAAAAAAAAAAAACAUGGACUAAGGUGUUGGACAUGCUACAGUGGCUCCAAGACUGACUGAUAAAUAAUUAUCAAAAAUGGAUGCUGCGGUCGCUACAAAGAGCCCCACCAAGAGUGUUUGAUCAACAUGCACAGUGAAGAGGCAGACAUGGGUUUGAAGAGAUUUUGGCAAGGAGGCUUCCACUUCCUCUCCCAACCUGAUGACUGCCUUGAGUUACUGCAGCAGGAGAAAAAAAGCUUUGGCAAUGGAGUCUGGCUGUGCUUUAUUUGCUGCCCUCUACAAGGAGGAUCUAAUCUACAGCCAACCCAUGAACCAGUUGACCCUAAACCUGUCAAUUGAACUUAAACCCUAAGAAACUUUUCUGUCUUGACCUCGGACUUGGCAGGCCAUCGGCAUUAUCAGUUGGACAUUUACCAGAUGAAGUUUCAGGUGUAUCGACCAUGGAUCCCAUCUGUGUUGGAAGUGUUAGGUUUGGGAUUUCAUCAGGCGCUCUCUACGGCGAGGAAGAGGAUAAAGAGGCUCGUAUUGCCCAGAUGUCAUCCCCCACCUCGGCCUGAAACUCUCAGGUGGUUGUGUGGAGGUUUUCUAACCAGCGGGACAGAAGACUCUCCCAGACGUCAGAGAUUUGAGAGCUGGAUUGGGUUUCGAUGGACGUGGCUGGAUUACAUCGAAGUCACCAGAAAUCCCUUCAGCUGUUGAACUGGAUGAACUGAAAAGAAUUGUACAAAAAGACUUUGAAACAUGACAAAACACAAACACGUAGCUACAUGUCACAUAGAUUCUAGAGUUCAAAGGAGUUAAAGACACACUACAUGCACACCAAAAGCAACUUACACUCAGUUACAGUGGCUCUCCUCUGGAACCACGUCUGCAUACAUAACAGGGCUACAUCAAUAUCAAAUCAUACAGACACACACAAGCGUCAUCGCUCAUCAAUAUAAACGCUGAGCUUUGUAAAUAAUGUAAAAGUUUGUGUUUUGAUUUUUCUCUCAUAGUGGUUUUGCUUUAUUUCUGUUAAACAUGCCUUAAAUUGUAUAGUUCAGUCCUGAAUGGCUAACUGAAAAUGUUCUCUAAAUGAUGAAUUUAAGUUGGAAACCACCUCCUUAACUGUCCUCUUAAGUCAAAGAAAGAUAGGAGCUUUCUACAAGUCUGUUUACUGUUGGCAAGCAGGACAGUCUAUUCUGUAUUAAUUUGCUACAUCUGAGCACCAUGUCAGUUGCUAUUUAGCUACAGAAUAGAGCAGCAAGCGAUGUUUGAUUAAUCUGAUUUUGCUGGUUAGCUUUUGUUGACUUUUGGUUUCCUUAAAACGAAGAGUGGUUUUGUUCAGAUUUCCUGUUUAGAUUAUUGCUGAAGGUGCAGGCUUACUAAAGGGCUGGAGUCUGUACUGUCUGGAGCUGAGCUGACUGGGAAGGAUGCACAGAUUGGCUUAAAGUACAGACUUGUUGUUGUGUGCGAACUACUGUUGGAUAUACUGCUCUAGGCUAAAACUAAACCAGAGUGACAGGUCCUCCUGAAAAUUCAGAUGCAAGUUGGGGCUUUUGGGUUAUUUUUUUUUUACACUCCGGGCAACCUUAAUGUCCUGAUAGCAACUAGGUACUUUUUACAGUUUUGACUUGUCAGAUCAGGCUUGUCGGAAGCAUGAUUGUAUGAGCAAGCUUGCGUGAUUUGUCAUAUUUGUGGGUUUUGACACUAAACCUUGAGGUGGGUCACAACUCGGCCCAGAUUGCUGCAGCUUUGUCCGUGCAGCGGGCAGUGCUGCUGACCAUUUCUGGUAGCACUGAAUAGAUAAGGAAUUGACCAGUCUGGGUUGUGUGUUAUCUUAAAGGAAACUCUGUCCUGGAAAUUUGGAAAGUGUCUUGUUCCAAGUAUGUAUAUGUAAUUGGAUUUGAGAGAUGAAUGCUUUUAGUCAAUCAGUUUUUUUUGUAUCGUCGAUAUCUAAUCAAUAUGCAGUUUUUAAUCCAAAUAACAACUGAUAUUCAAUGAAUAUCUUCAGCUUAGACUUAUAAUACACUUGUACAUAUGUUUAGCCGAAGUUUUGGUGGAUAGUUAACAGCUACAGCUAACUAUGUACACUGAAGUAGCAACAGUAGGCCAUAACUGUGGAAUUGUGCUAAAAAGUGACUAAGUUUAAUGUUGUUGUGAUCAGUUGCCAAAACCAUGAAUAUACUAUCGAGUCUCUUAUCGGUGAAUAUCUUUAAAAAUACCUGUUUGACAUUUUUAAAAGCUGAUAUUGCAUGGUGUUAGUUGUUGGUUGGUCAGUCUUAGAAGAGUAAAACAGGGUUGUUUGCAGUUACAUUUUACUCUACUACAUAUACUUUUAUGAUUUGAUAACCUGCAAUAUCGUUUUGUUAAAAAGCCCUGGAUGUUUGGUUGCAGUCUUAGAAAAGAGUUUGUCACGGCCUGUCCACUUAACAGUAUGAAGUCCAUCAUCUGGUUUAUUUUAGCUCUGGUAACUGUAGUUCCAACAAUAUUAUCCUAAAUGCUAUAAAUGUGAUUUGUAUCCCUGUCAGCUCAGCUCCUUUGCCUAAUAAGUCUUUGAAUGUUGUUAAAAUAACAGCAUACUUGUAAUGAAACUGUUUAGGAAAAGAACAACUGAAAGAUGUGUAUAUAGUUUGGCUAUUUUUUGUUUGAAGAACAAAAUAAAUACUAAAUAAAUAGCA